GAGAUAGACCUCCGGAUAAUUGGGUCUGAUUUAUAGAAGGGAAAUCUACAGUCAAUGGCCAUUUUUGUCACUCUGCUACUAUGGAAAAGAGAAUGGUCAAUAGAAAGUGGUGUAGUAAAUGGUGAUGAUUGAAGAUGUUGCUUCACCACCUUGGAAAAGAGUAGGAAAUACUCGCUGUGUAAACAUCUUGCUGAGCUCUUGUCAGCAAGCUCACGUUUGAGCAACUGGAGGCAUAUUUUGCAACUGUAAGGUCUUUCUCAAGUGGAUAUACAUACAUUUUCCUGCCUGAAACAAGAGAAGGAGGCAACUAAUGUGGGACCAUGGCACCUCCCAGAUGCACACGGCCAAGUUAUGUUUGGAGAGCAGUGAUGUCAUGCUUGGUACAUGGGGGAGUGGGUGCCUCAUUGACUCUCUUUAUGCUGGGAUGUUUGCCUCAGGCUGCUCAUGUGCUCUCGCAAAAGUUGGAUGAUAUGGACCCUUUGGUGACUACCAAUUUUGGCAAGAUAAGAGGGAUUAAGAAAGAACUAAAUAAUGAGAUUUUGGGACCUGUUAUUCAGUUUCUCGGGGUUCCAUAUGCAGCCCCACCAACAGGAGAACAUCGUUUUCAGCCUCCUGAACCACCUUCUCCCUGGUCAGACGUCAAGAAUGCCACGCAAUUUGCUCCUGUGUGUCCUCAGAACAUCAUUGAUGGAAGACUGCCAGAAGUCAUGCUUCCUGUGUGGUUUACUAAUAACUUGGAUGUAGUUUCAUCAUAUGUACAAGACCAGAGUGAAGACUGCCUGUACUUAAACAUUUAUGUCCCAACUGAGGAUGUAAAAAGAAUAUCCAAGGAAUGUGCCAGAAAACCCGGCAAGAAAAUAUGUAGAAAAGGAGGUCCCCUUACAAAGAAACAGACAGAUGAUUUAGGUGAUAAUGACGGUGCUGAAGAUGAAGAUAUUCGGGACAGUGGGGGUCCCAAACCCGUGAUGGUAUACAUCCACGGUGGAUCGUACAUGGAGGGUACAGGAAAUUUAUACGAUGGCAGUGUCUUGGCAAGCUAUGGCAAUGUGAUCGUCAUCACCGUCAACUACCGACUUGGAGUGCUUGGUUUCUUGAGUACAGGGGAUCAGGCUGCAAAAGGAAACUACGGACUUCUUGAUCUCAUACAGGCUUUGAGAUGGACUAGUGAGAACAUUGGAUUCUUUGGUGGUGACCCCUUAAGAAUCACCGUUUUUGGAUCUGGCGCUGGGGGUUCAUGUGUCAAUCUGCUGACUUUAUCCCAUUAUUCUGAAGGUAACCGUUGGAGCAAUUCAACCAAAGGACUUUUUCAACGAGCAAUCGCUCAAAGUGGAACAGCCCUUUCUAGCUGGGCUGUUAGCUUCCAACCUGCAAAGUAUGCUAGAAUGCUGGCCACAAAAGUUGGCUGCAAUGUCUCAGACACAGUAGAGUUAGUGGAAUGCCUCCAGAAGAAGCCUUAUAAAGAACUCGUUGAUCAAGAUAUUCAACCAGCUCGAUACCACAUAGCCUUCGGACCUGUGAUUGAUGGAGAUGUAAUACCAGAUGAUCCUCAGAUAUUGAUGGAACAAGGAGAGUUUCUCAACUACGACAUAAUGCUAGGAGUUAACCAAGGGGAAGGAUUAAAAUUUGUGGAGAAUAUAGUAGAUAGCGAUGAUGGUAUAUCAGCUAGUGAUUUUGACUUUGCUGUUUCCAAUUUUGUUGAUAACUUAUAUGGAUACCCUGAAGGCAAGGAUGUUUUGAGAGAAACCAUUAAGUUCAUGUAUACUGACUGGGCUGAUCGUCAUAACCCGGAAACUAGAAGGAAGACAUUAUUGGCUUUGUUUACAGACCAUCAGUGGGUGGCACCAGCUGUAGCUACAGCAGAUCUUCACUCAAAUUUUGGUUCACCUACAUAUUUCUAUGCCUUUUACCAUCAUUGCCAAACAGAUCAAGUUCCAGCUUGGGCUGAUGCAGCCCAUGGAGAUGAGGUUCCCUAUGUCCUGGGAAUUCCCAUGAUUGGCCCUACAGAGUUAUUCCCUUGCAAUUUCUCCAAAAAUGAUGUGAUGCUGAGCGCAGUCGUAAUGACAUACUGGACAAAUUUUGCUAAAACUGGUGACCCAAAUCAACCAGUUCCUCAAGAUACAAAAUUCAUCCACACGAAACCCAACCGCUUUGAAGAGGUAGCCUGGACCAGAUAUUCCCAAAAAGACCAGCUUUAUCUCCACAUUGGUUUAAAGCCCAGAGUUAAAGAACAUUACAGAGCGAAUAAGGUCAACUUGUGGCUAGAGUUGGUACCUCACCUGCAUAAUCUGAAUGACAUUUCUCAGUAUACCUCGACAACAACUAAAGUGCCAUCCACGGAUAUCACUCUCAGACCUACAAGAAAAAAUUCCAUACCUGUCACGUCAGCCUUUCCGACUACCAAGCAGGAUGAUCCCAAGCAACAACCAAGUCCAUUUUCUGUGGACCAAAGGGACUACUCUACAGAGCUGAGCGUCACCAUUGCAGUGGGGGCAUCACUGCUGUUUCUGAACAUCUUGGCUUUUGCAGCCCUGUACUACAAAAAGGAUAAAAGGAGACAUGAUGUUCACCGGCGCUGCAGCCCACAGCGCACUACGACCAACGAUCUGACCCAUGCACAAGAGGAAGAAAUCAUGUCCCUGCAGGUGAAGCACACUGAUCUGGAUCAUGAAUGUGAGUCCAUCCAUCCACAUGAGGUGGUUCUGCGGACCGCCUGCCCCCCAGAUUACACACUAGCUAUGAGGCGGUCACCUGAUGAUGUUCCCCUAAUGACACCCAACACCAUCACAAUGAUUCCCAACACUAUACCAGGGAUUCAGCCCUUACACACAUUCAAUACAUUUACUGGAGGACAGAACAACACUCUGCCUCAUCCUCAUCCCCACCCCCAUUCACAUUCAACAACCAGGGUAUAGCCAGAUAAGAGAAACAAACUAUUUUUUGAUGGAUUGCAGUAAAAGGUUACUGAAGAUUCCUUGGCUUUCAACCUACAAGACUCUUAAUAUUUAAAUAAGAAGGAAUAUUAUGGUGAAUAUACAUAUCAAGAACUUUGGGGGUUUUGAAAAAAUGAAUUGUACAUAGAUAUACACAAAGCAACUUUAAAAAAAACAAAUUUCAGUUGCUUGAAGCAAUUGCUCUGAAUGAUACUUUUUCAUUCACAUUCAAGAAUUAAUUUUUUGAAGAUUUAAGUUACAUAAUGGAAGUAGGCAUGUGGAACACCAAACAGGAGCGAACUGUGUCUGAAAUAUCAAAAAUAAAAAUCAAAACA